ACUCCAGCUAGUCUUAUGGCUCUCCCUGCCAUUUCAUAGCCAUCCAACAUAUUGAAACUGUGUGUUUCUUUGCUGCCAUGUCGGGCGAUAUGCAAGAAGCCAGCUCUUCCCUGCCGGACUCCUGGUAUGCGGCAACCGACACCUACUCUCGGCCGCCUGGCGCCGCUGUUGCGUCGGAACCGCGAUGGGACUUCGUCGCUCUUGUCAGUGCCGUUUCCCAGGUCUACAGAAACGGCGAAUAUUUGGCCAUGAUGAAGCUCAACGGCGAGUCAUGGCUGCCACUGGGCCACGGCACUACGUUCCGCGUGAGCAGAUCUAACAUGAAGGUCACGACCGUCUCGGCCGGGGGCGUGGGCAAGGAAAUCGUUGCGACGCGGCUUGUUCUCAAACGCAACGAUGAGGAGGGCAAGCUCUCACACGGGCAGAUUCGCAGCUUCGUCAAGGAGAUCCGCGUGCUGGACCACAUGCGGCACCAUCCUUUCAUCGUCAGUCUUCGUGCAAUCGGCUGGUUUGACGAGUACUCCCCGGAACUCGACCGCUACUCCAAACCGGGAAUCAUUCUCGAAGAGGCAUCCGACACGCUGGACCGCAUCGUCGCCAACGAUAUCUCCCUCCCUUAUCCCGACCUGCUGCGAAUUUUUGGGCAGAUUACCGCCGGGCUCUGCGCACUGCAUCGAGCUGGUGUGGCCCAUGGCGAUCUAAAGCCCGGAAACAUUCUCCUCUUUACCGACUACGUUAACCGUGAUAAUACGCAAUUUGAAACGUAUUCUGUCAAGAUUUCCGACUUUGGAUCUGCCGUAUUCAGAGACGAGGGCAGUCUGAGGUAUUCGCCUGGAACGAACAGAUACACUGCUCCAGAAGUAGAGACGUACUGCGGGGAACCGUUGCAGUUUGAUCAGAUCCUACAUGCCGACACCUGGUCUUUGGGGAUACUCUUCGCCGUCGUCCUGUGUCGCUCUCGAAGGAUUUUGAAGGACGCUUCCGAGUGCCAAAAUGUGGCAUCACGCAUCCGUCUCUUCAUAUCCAGUGUUCAGCGUCAUCUCGAAAGCUCGGCGGCGGAUGGUUCUGAAACCGACGUGCUCUUGAAAGUGAUACGAAGCACGCUGAAGAAGCAGCCAUCUGCCCGUGAGCUGUCAACUGUGGAGGAGAAUCUUCGCCCAUUUGUCGACGUGGCCAUCACUGAAGCCCCUAAUCCCCUCCGAAUGCUUCCCGACAAGGAGCUUUAUCUGGGCUAUGAGAGCCUGAAGAGUCUAUCGGGGCCAUUCAAAGAUGACUUGGUGCGUGCUCUGCUCAAUGUCACACGGGAUGGCGAUCAUCGCGCACCCAAGGCACUAUGGGAACUAGGCAUCAUCUUCCUCACUCAUUUUGCAGAUCCCCAUCACACAGUUGACGACGGCCUUUGUUAUAUCCGCAAGUCUGCUGAGGCGGGAGACGUCCGCGCAAUGGCAUUGUGCUACCGUUUACACGAUGCGUUUGGCAGCCAUGCUCUGAGCAAAUCUCCGGAAACCCAGAGGAUGCAGUGGCUCCAAGAAGCAGCAGCCUGCAGACAUCAAAGCGCUGUUGAGGAGCUACGAGACUUGGAUUCCUCAGCUGCAAUCCGGGCUCAAGCAGCCUUCGCAGCUCGCUUCUACCAACCUACAGACGACAAUAGCGCGCCGGACCCAAGCCUGGGCACUGAAGCAUCAGGUGUUUCCGUCGACGGAAGCUUUCCCCUUCACAAAGCUGCCGCAAUGGGACUAGCAGAAGACCUCAAAUCACUUGUGAUAGCAUCAGGUGGCAACAUAGACCAGAAAGACAACGACGGAAAUACCCCUCUGAUAGCAGCGUGCCGUUUUGGUCAGCCUGAAAUAGCACUCAUUCUCUUGGACAAUGGCGCUGAUGCUGCUUUGCGCAAUGCAUUUGGAGAAAACGCCCUGCAUUAUGUUUGGUGCUUCAAUGCCGAAGACGGUGGCCGUCUAGCAAGACGACUGCUGGCAGAGGGAGCCAAAGCGGAUGACAUCUCGGAAAGGACAGCCUGGGCCAGCGAGCUGGAUAUCAGACCCGUCGUUCGAGGCACGCCACUGGAAAGGGCUGCCGCUCGAGGCCGUGACGACCUCGUCCUCAUCUUCCUAGAGUCCGGUCAAACUCUACGGCCGUCUAACGGGAGGCUCGCGAGGCAACUCUUGUUCUGGUCUCUGGCGUUACCAAACCCCACCUUGUUGGAGUUGAUCAUCACCGCCAUCGAUGCUAAUCGCGAGUAUUCCGACGAGAGCCUCUCAUCAGUGACAGAAGGGCGCUGGACGUUUAACGGCGAGCGCCGGAACCUCCUCGAUGCUGUGUGCAGCGGUUGGCUGUCUUACCGUCGCCAAUCUUACGAUAUUCCAAUGCGGCUCUGGCUCGCUGCGUGUCACGGCGCUCAAUGGAAGAGUGUUCAGUAUGAUGUGAUGCGUCGUUGGAUGCAAUUUGUGGCCAAGGAAGGCGGCUUGAUAGAGCUUAUGAUCGACCAAUCAGUCCAAUGGGCAUUUGACGAGUCUUUUCACGAUGCGUUCAUGGCGCUUCUGUGGCUGAAGGUUGAGUUGGGAGGGCCGUUGGAAUUCGACACCUGGGACCGUCACCGCCUCAUGUGGAAACCUCAACGAAACUUGAGAGUGAUUCGACCACAAGAGGCUCGACUAAUCGACUGCAUCUUUUACAACGCGAACCAAGGAGGCACUUUGGCCCACCAAGCUCUCAUGAAAGGCGAUAGAUACAUGUUUUGGAUCCUCGUCCACCGUUACUACGCCAAUCCUGCCCACCCAAUACCUCUCUUUGAACCAGACCCUCAGUAUCAUAUGCCACGGGUGCCAAGAAAUCUCCUCUAUCAGAUGAACGCCUAUGCCGCGCUUGUGUAUACCAAUCACCACGACCUUUGGUUUGGGUAAGUGAGCACAAACGGGGACUCGACCAUGAGAAAUAUCUAAUGUCGUUUUAGCCGAAAGUUGACCAGCCUCAAAGUGCCACUCAAUUGUCCAUGGGAUGAAAAUCCGUACAACAAUCCAACACUGCCAAUUAACGAC